AUGGCCACGUUCUACUCUUCGUUCUUCUCCUCCGGCCUCCUCGCCCCCAUGCCUCACGAGACCUCCGGCUCGUCCUCACCAACAACUCCCCGCGCGUCGCAGUCAAAUCUCCCUGGCGCAGACCCGUUCUCGCUCCAGAUCGACACUACACCCACCGCCAAUGACUUCCCCGCCGCGCCACGCUCCGCGAACGACAUCCUACAAUCGCGACCGCGGUCGGACUCCCAAGGCAGCGGCCGACCUGGCCUUCGCAGGCGCCGCUCGUCAGUAACAAUCGCAGCAUCACCUGUCAACCCCAUGAAGAGCAACGGCGUCCCCCGUAGCGCGCGUAACUCAUACAUGGCCGCGCGCGCGCGCUCCGGGAGCGAGUCCCGUUCGCAGGAGAAACCGGAGGGCACGACCGUCGCAGGGCGCACGCGCAGCGGCAGUCUCGGUGGCCAGAUGAUCCGCAACGCCCGCCGCAUGUCGCGCAAGCUCGCGCCGCCGCUCCCAGCUCCCCCGCCGACCGCACCGCUCCCCGCGCCACCGUCGUCGCGCUCGGACAUCGAGGCCGUCACACCCCGCUCGGCCACGCUGCCGCUCCCCAUCCCGAUUAUCUCGAUGACGCAGCCCCCGUCCACGCCCCGGCGCCCGCUCGCGCGCCGCGCGCAGACCACCGACAACGUAUCGCUGCUCUCGACACCGUCGUCUUUCCUCUCGUCGUGCAUGACGCCCGCGGAUGAGGAGGCGGGCAUGAACUUCGGGUUAAGCGCAGAUGGUGGCAUGCCGAGCAGCCCUGUGUACAGCGAACCAGCAAUGUGUGAACGCCUGGGUAUGCAGGUUGACUAUCCGAGCCCGAUUGACGGCCCCGGCUUCGUGUGGGAGAGGCCGGGCGAGGCUAUGAAGGAGAACUGA